AUGGAGGGCGAGACAGCGAACGUGGUCGAUGUUGAAGAUUCGCCACGCGCUCCCACGCCAGACGCCUUAGAGGCGCCGAGCACGCACGCGAAAGCGGACAGCCCUACGGACGCGUUCUCGCGCCUGUCAAUGGACGGCGACCAUUUCCUGCACCACAUAUCAGAAGCUGCAGAAGGGAUUGACUUACCAGAAGUCCUUCGAGGACAAUAUAGUGAGGAUUCCUUCUUCAAGAUUAUUCUUGAGGACCCUAAACGGUAUAAGAAUUUCCUGGUAAAGGGCAGGUUAGUCUUUAUGAGAGACAAGCAUCUGGAAUUGCUGUGCAUACCAGACAUUCUCGUGGAGAACCGCAGUGUGCGAGAGAUCAUUAUUGCUCACGCACACUCACUCUUGGCGCACCUUGUCAGAGACGUGCAGAAGUACUGCGACACGUGCAUGACAUGUAAACGUAGUAAACCUUCUAAUCAAAAGCCGUACGGGCUUCUGAACCCGCUGCCAGUUCCAAGUCAUCCUUGGGAAGCCAUUGGCAUCGACUUCGUCAGGCCCCUGCCCGAGUCGAAGGAUCGAGAUGCUAGCUAUGACUCAAUAACGGUGAUAAUUGACCUGCUCACUGCGAUGGUACACCUCGUGCCCAGUCGCACGACAUACACGGCUAAGAAUGUAGCUGAGCUGGUGUUUGCGGAGGUGUACAAACACCACGGAAUGCCUAAGGCAAUAGUGAGUGACCGGGAUGUUCUCUUUACGAGUCAAUUUUGGUCGCACUUGCACGGGCUCCUCGGAGUAGAGCUCCAGAGGGCCAACCGCACGGUAACGCAGAUGCUGCGCCAGUGCAUUAGCCCCAGUCAGAAGGACUGGGUAAGCAGACUUCCUGCAAUCGAGUUUGCGAUCAACCUCGCACGAUCGGACAGCACAGGCUAUGCACCGUUUUUUCUGAAUACAGGGCGCAUGCCGCGGCCUAUGAUUUGGAACAACGCUGGGACUGAAGAAUUUGCCGGUGUACGGGCAUACGCUCAGCGCGUCAAAGCCGCGGUCAUGGCGGCGCACGACAGUGUGAUUGCUGCUCGGGUGAAACAGACCCGGGAUAACCUUUCCCUCCCAAAGGGACUUGCUCGGAAGUUCAUACCAAAGUAUAUUGGGCCCUAUAAAAUCCUGCAGGACUAUGGGAACAAUUCUUACCAGGUUGACUUACCACGAAAUCUGAAGAGACGUGGUGUGCACGAUGUUUUCCAUGCAUCACUAUUGAGGAUUCACGAGCCGAACGACGACCGUCUCUUCCCCGGGCGACUUGAUAGCCAGAUUGCCGAGCUCGAGGAUCGAGAUGAAGAGUGGGUGAUCGACAAAAUUGUCGGGCACGCUGGAGCCGGUACAGACGCAAUUUUCGAGGCUGUCUGGAGAUCGGGAGAUCGUUCUUGGGUGCCCUAUGGGUCAAUAUCACACCUUGGGGCACUACAAGCUUACCUGGAAGCUCUUGGCCUGGACGGUAUUACUCAGUUACCCCCGGGAACGGGCACUCCUCCUCCCGACCCGCAAAUUUUUGUGGGCAAUCUAGAGUUCCCCGGAGGGCGGGGCAAACCCAUAAAUACACGCACAAGACGUUCUCAACACCAGCGCAAGCAACCCGCCUGCACUCCUACGCCCGUCCGUGUCUCCAGCACUUCGCCUGCCCCCAUCACCAAUCCUCUUACCCUGUUAUACUUGAACCCCGCACUCUUCUUUGCUGAGGUCAUGGCCCCCCACGCAUUCCUUACCCAGCUCGAGAACCACGACAUCAUCCUCUGCGAUGGCUACACCCACGAGCACCAUUUCACUGUCGCUCAGCUCCGCAGCUACUCUGAGUUUGACGUGCUCCUCCACCGUGGAUGGCCCGAUAUUCCUAUUCCUGGGGGAUACAAGAUGUUCAUCAUGCUGUGGAAUCGCGACGCAGCCUGCACUUACAAGUUCACUGAUUUCUCUUUCCUCUCGCAUGAGGUCACCGUGAGCGGUGAGCCGAUCGACAUUGACUACCUCGCUCCUCUACCUCCUCCUCCUCCUCCGCUGCCUCCGGCCCUUCCGCCGGCGCUAGCCGCUCUCGCGCCCAAUGGGGUGUUCGAUGAGGAGCUCAUCCAAACGAUCUGCGUGAUCUUGUGGGGCCAGAUCCGUCGUAACCAGCAGUUUGUGACUGCCAAGCGCAAGGAGCGCGCUGCCGCCAAGGAGGAGAAGAUUGCCAAGAAGCCGCGCGUCUUCGGUGCGCCCGACGAGGAUAAGGGUGCGAAGAUGGCUUCGAGCUCGAAGAAGGGGAAGACGAAGGAGAAGGGGAAGAAGAAGCACGCAAUGCCGCGUAACCCCCAGUCCGUGGGCGGUAGUUCGACGAUGGGCACCACUCCGGAUGACCUCGAAAAGACCGCCGCCCAGGAGCAGGAUGGCGAUCACGAAAAGGAUGUCGAGCAGGAGGAGAAAGGUGAUCCGAACGCGAUGAGUGACUAG